AUGAAUGGGAUCAAAGGUAACCACGCUGCCCCGCAGCAACUGCGUCGAGCUGAUGAAGUCAACGAUCUGCUUGAUGCAGUCAAGGGAUUGAUUGUCCCGUACAUCAGAGCUGCAGAUGAAGCCGCGCCACAGAAGGCCGGGGGCAACACAUCAGUAAACAUCGACGGAGUUCCAAGCAAUGUUCUCGUCGACACUCUGAAGCCCGAGGCGUUGGUCGAGAAGCUGAAGCUAUCCCUUCCCGAAGGCGAUGGACUCGGGAAAGAGGGCUUGCUCGAUGUGGUGCAGAAGAUCCUGAGGUACAGCGUCAACACCUGGGACCAAGGCUUCAUGGAUAAGCUGUAUGCCAGCAACACUCCUGUUGGGCUUGUUUCCGAUCUUCUCUUGUCGGUACUGAACACCAACCUCCACGUUUACCAAGUUUCGCCCGCCUUGAGCAUCAUCGAAAAGAUUACCGCUCGGAAGUUCGCGAACUUAUUUGGGUUCACCGGCCCUAGGGCUGGAGGAGUCACAUGCCAAGGAGGCAGCGCGUCCAACCUCACUUCCCUGGUAGUAGCUCGAAGUGCUCUGUACCCCGAUACAAAGAAGACUGGCAACGGUUCGUAUGAUUUUAUCAUCUUCACGAGUGCUCACGGCCACUACUCCGUUGAGAAGAGUGCGUUGGCAUGCGGUCUUGGGGCGUCAAGCGUCUGGGCGGUGCCUAUUGACUCCGAGGGCCGCAUGAUCCCGAGUGCUCUGCGGAAGCAGAUCGUUCGUGCCAAGUCUGAGGGCAAGACCCCUCUGUACGUCAACUCCACGGCUGGAACGACGGUGAUGGGCUCUUAUGACCCAUUCGAGGAGAUAUCCGCCAUCUGCAAAGAGUUCGGACUGUGGUUCCACAUCGAUGCCAGCUGGGGAGGAUCUGUCAUCUUCUCCCAAAAGCAAAAGUCCAAGUUACAAGGCGCUCAUCUGGCCGACUCUCUGACGGUGAACCCGCACAAGAUGAUGAACGUUCCGGUAACGUGCUCGUUCCUCCUGACGCCAGACGAGAAGGUGUUCCACAAGGCCAACACUUUGCCUGCCGGAUACCUUUUCCACAAUGUGGACGAAGAUGGUGACGUCUGGGACCUUGCCGACUUGACCCUGCAGUGCGGCCGCAGGGGCGACAGUCUGAAGCUGGCUCUGGCCUGGAUAUACUACGGCGCCGGUGGAUUUGAGAAGCAGAUCGACCAUGCGUUCUCGCUGGCCGAGCGUCUGGCUACUCUGGUUCAAAAGAGCGAGAACUUCGUCCUGGUGUCCAGCAACCCGCCGCCGUGUCUGCAGGUCUGCUUUUACUAUGCACCGAACGGUCAGCUUGCGGAAGACCCGAAGACGAACACCAAACGCACCAGCCAAAUGGUUCACAAGCUCAUCGAGCGUGGCUUCAUGAUUGAUUAUGCCCCUGGAGAGAAGGGCAGUUUCUUCCGUGUGGUCGUCAACUGCCAGACGCUGCAGGGGACUGUGGAUGGUCUAGUCAAGGCCUUGGAGGAGGUUGGCAAGGAGGUCGUAGUGUAA